UUCGAAUGAAUUCAACGAAAACUUGGGAGCUGUUACUGCUUCCACUCAGUACUCGUGCAUAUAGGCGUUAGGAUUUCAGUUUUAUGGGUUUUGGAUUUUAGAACAGUGACUUCAAAUGCUAGUAAUUGGAUUCUAAAUUUAUAUACCUACAUGCUUAAUAAAUUCCUUAAUACAAAUAUGCUAUUUGAGCAAAACUUCUACCUCCACCCGUGCUCGUGCAUUAAGAUAGUCUCAGCAAGAUAACCUCUUUGCGUCCAUUAUUGGUUCUACUUUGUAGCAGCAUGGUCAAAGUUGUAGUACUACGUUUAUCAGUAUUUAGCUCUUUUCAGUAAUGCUGGGGUAGUAGCUAACAAUAACUAUACACCACAAAAAUCAGACCAUAUAAAAUGAUGAAGCGAUCAGUGGGAGAGUUUGCAAGUGUAAUAAGCGGAGCUCUCAUCGACGCAUCAAAGCAAAGCACCCGAACCCAAACAUGGACACCAGCAUUAGAACAAACAUUGCAUCACCUCAGAUGCCGGGAAUCACUCAGCCCAACACUCGUCGCCAAAGUCAUCGACCCAUUUCUUGUCAACCACCAUUCUCUUGCACUCGGUUUCUUCAACUGGGCCUCUCAGCAACCAGGCUUCUCACACGACUCUUCCACUUACCAUUCCAUUCUCAAAACUCUUUGCAUUACCCGCCAAUUCAACACACUUGAUAAGCUAUUUAAACAGGUUAAAGCUCAGAAAAUCCGACUUCAUCCUUCUCUUUAUCGCUCUGUUAUUGCUUCCCAGAUCAUUGGUAAGAAAUCCAAUUUAGCAUUUUCCAUUUUCAGUGAGGUUCCUUCGUUGGCAUCAGAGAUUGGAUCCCAAACUUGUAAUUCACUGCUUGCUGCUUUGUCGUCGGAAGGGAAUUAUAAAUGUGCUUUCCAGGUGUUCGACGAAAUGAAUCAUAGAGGUGUUCGGUUGAACACGCUUGGUUUUGGUGUGUUUCUGUGGAGAUUGUGUAGUUUUAAUGGGUUGGAAAAGAGUUUGGGUUUGUUAGAUGAGGUUAGGAAGAUUGACUUUUCGGGAAUUAACGGAUCAGUUCUUGCAGUUUUAGUAGUGCAUGGGUUGUGUUCUGGGUCUAGGAUAGCAGAAGCUGUUUCUGCUUUUGAUGAGUUGAGGAUAAGGGAAUGUAAACCCGAUUUUAUUGCUUAUAGAGUUGUUGCUGAAGCGUUGGGGAAUAUGCGAAGUGUAGUUGACAAAGAUUUGGUUUUGAAGAAGAAGAGGAAACUAGGGGUAGCACCGAGGAAUAACGAUUAUAAAGAGUUCAUCUUUGAUUUGAUUUCGGAGAAGCUGAUCAUUGAAGCUAAAGAUUUGGGCAAAGUAAUUGCAUGUGGGAACUUCCCUAUGGAUGACGAUUUGCUCCAUGCUUUAAUAGGAUCAGUUUCAGUUAUUGAUCCUGAACUCGCCAUCUUUUUUUUGAACUUCAUGCUGGGUAAAGAAAUGGUCCCUGAUCUUGUUGCUGUGACGAGCUUAAGUGCAAACCUUUGUAAGCAUGGAAAGAUUGAUGAACUGCUUGAAGUUUUUCAAAAUUUGUCUUCUAGAAACUAUUUUAGUCACACACAUAGCUAUAAUAUUAUGGUUUCAUUUUUGUGUAAGGCUGGGAAAGUGAGAGAAGCUUAUGAAGUUCUUCGUGACAUGAGAAGAAAAGGUGCAAUUCCUGAUAUACAAUCUUACAAUCUCCUUCUAGAAGCUUGCUGUCAAGAAGAUCUACUACGACCAGCAAAACGGUUGUGGGAUGAGAUGUUCACAAAUGGGUGCCCGGGUAAUUUAGAGACGUACAAUAUUCUUAUUCAAAAGUGUUCAGAAGAAGGUGAAAUUGAAGAUGCUUAUAGGCUUUUCCAUGACAUGAUAGAGAAAGGAGUAGUACCUGAUGCUAUUACAUACAUUUCAGUCCUGAAAGGUCUUUGUCAAGCAAAAGAUCUCAAAAUGUCUCUUGAAGUUUUUGACAAAUGUGCUAUGCAGAAUCCAACCCUUGCACGUUCCGUCUUGCGUACAUUCAUCCUCAGCCUCUGCAAGGAAGGUUAUUUGGUUCCUGCAAUGGAGUUACUUCGUGACCAAAGCACUGAUAUUGCAAUUUUAGACUCCCAUCUGAUUCUUCUCAAGUUUUUAGCUGAUGCUGAAGCGAUAAGUUUGGCUGUUGAACAUUUGAAGUGGAUUCAAGGCAAGUCUCCUAUGAUGCAUCAAGCACUGAGCAAUGAAAUAUUGGCAUCAAUAUCAUCUUCUUCCAAACCAGAUCCAAUUCUCAAGUUAUUUCAACUGAUGCAAGAAAACCGUCUCAAUAUUACUAAUGACUUGGGGAAAGAAAUGGCUUACAGAUGACACAUACCACUUGUUUGUACAUUUAGAGUACUCUAAUUGUUGGUCUUCUCCAUAUGCUUAACGCAGGAGGCGGCAGAGACAUUAAUACACACAUCAUGAUACAAAACCAAGAAGCCGAGAACCAUAAUACGUAGAGGAUCUAUUUUUAUUUUUUGGUAUACAUAACAAGGACAAUUUAAUAGAUAUUCCCUUCUUCUUUUUUUCUCUCUUUUGUGGAACAUUGAAUUUACUCGUAAGUUAGUUAACUGAUAUCCGAUCAUGCAUGAAA